GCAGAUCCUUCCAUAGCUUUCCUGUCUGCAGACAGAGGUACAGUUCUCUCCUCCUUUCUGGCUGCCUGUCGUCUGGCUCUGAACUCUGCGAGCUUCUGCUCCAUCAAUGCUCCAAACUCGUUUCUCUACAGUCCCUUUACAAGGGGUACGUGGCAAAACAGAGCUGCUGGUACAACUACCUCAGAACUUACUGGUGAGAGCUUUGCUUUAGUCAGCCUUUACACGAUAUACAACAGAUUUGUAUGAGAUUUCAGUAGCCUUCACUUGCAGUUUGACUACAUUUUGAUAAGUAUGACCAGCUGAACACAGCGUCUGUUUACCUUUUACAUCCACGUAAGUUGGGACGUGCUGCCGUACAACGCCUCCAACUGUCGUAAAAAGAGGAGCCGUUUUCUGGCAAAUUUUCACGGGUCUGCCAGUGUUGCUCGGUUGUUUCGUUGCUGGUGAGUUCUCAAGCCUUUCCGCUUCAUUUUUUGUGUUACAUACUUUUGUAGUUUUACAGCUGUUGCUAUUGGUAUCCUAUCGUUCGUCUUGAGUCUCAAGGGAAACGCCCGUAAGUGGCAGUUUUACGUCUUCGAUCGAGUCGAUGGUUACAGGAACCAAAAUUUUGUCUUUACGUCCAGUUGAACAAAGCCUAGAUUAUUUUUUAUGUUGGCAUUUCAGUGUGCUACAAGAUUAUGUUAUUUAGUCUAACCACAAAAUUAGGGUGAGUUUUAAACGAUAAAAACAUUAUCUGACAGUUACUUAUUGUCCUACAAUCAGGCUAUCUUUCAACGUCUUCCUCUGACAUCGAUGCAAAUACCAUAAUAAUGAGAAAUCAGUCAGUGCCGUAUAAUACUUACCUAUUAUACUUAUGAUAUGUUUCGGUUUGUCACACACUGUUGUUUUUUGCUUGAUAAAUUGGUCAACCGAACAAGAGGGGAUUCUAACAAAAAAUUUACCUGCUAAACACAUCCUCGAUUAAUCGACGAAUCGUUGAACACAAAAUCAAGUUUUGAGUAAAACAUUGCGGCUGAAAUUUUUUUUUCUAGACAGUAGUCUAUAAAAAACAAGACAAAUAUUGUCUGAAGUAUCUCUAGGACAGUGAAAUUCUGUGUUUCUAACGAAUUAAAGAAAAGCCACAAAUAUAUCACAAUAAAAGAGAAGAAAGUAGUUCAUGUUUGUGGUUUAGGAUCACUGAAAUGAAUGCGAAAAUGCUCUAAUUUUAUCAUCUCCUGGAAAUCUCUGAGUAAAUCUGUUCUUUGCAGACAUGGCCUCAGCUCCAGCACAGCAGCCCACCCUCACUGUUGAGCAGACCAGGGGUGAGUUAUUUUAAAGUUCCUCACAAGUCAUACACAGCUCAGAACAGAAGAGGCAACCCCAACAUUUUUAUAAAACCAGGAACACCACACUCUGCUUCAGUAAUCACCUGACAAGAAGAAAACCUUCCCCCUGUUAUCUCAGACAGUUAUCACUUUGUGUAAAUAAAAAACCUAAAUGACAAAAUCACACUUUAAAGGUAUGAGAAAUCUUGUACACAAUAGCAAUGUUCCUUUCAUAUUUGUCACUGAAUUUCUUUCAUCUACUUCAUUAAAAAAGGUUGAAAUUAUUAAAAAAAAAACUCUUUUAGUCUUUAAUACUGCACUUUAAUCAUUGUUGCUGAACUCGUGUUAAACCCUGUCUGAAAAAAAAAUCUACUCACUUUGUUUGCCUUCAUUCAUGUUGUACAGAAUAACUUUAUAUUCUUUGUUCUCAUUACAGUGGUGCUGAGUGAGGUGAUCCAGGCCUUCUCAGUCCCAGAAAAUGCUGCGAGGAUGGAGGAGGCUCGAGAAAGUGCCUGUAAUGACAUGGGAAAGAUGCUGCAACUCGUUCUCCCUGUGGCCACCCAGAUUCAACAAGAGGUCAUCAAAGCAUAUGGCUUCAACAAUGAAGGAGAGGGUAAUCAUAACACCACAUCGUAUAACUCUCGAGUCAUCUCUGGACUUAUUCUCUGUUAUGUUUCAUCUAUAGUGUGAAGUGUUGUCAACUUACCAUUUCUCUCAUAUUGAUUAUGACAAUGCUUAACCUUCAGGUGUCCUAAAAUUUGCCCGAUUGGUGAAGAUGUACGAAACCCAGGACCCUGAAAUUGCAGCCAUGUCAGUCAAACUGAAGUCUCUCCUCCUGCCGCCGCUGUCAACACCACCUAUAGGAGGCGCCAUUCCAGCUUCGUAGGAAUCAUUUACCCUUAACUCAUCGCUCAACUGCAAAGUUACUUUCAUGUCAUGAUUUUGGGAUCAAUGUUAACAACCUGUUAUUUCUGUUUUCUUUGUCAUCUGGGUUUUUUUUUUUUUUUUUGAGGAAAUAAUGGUAGAAUAAAAAAACACUAAUGUGUUCCAUCAAAGAUAAAAAUAUAACCAGUCUUAAUCAUGGUUUUAUUUAAAGCAUGCUUUCAAUACUUGUUAAAUUAUUGCUUUUUGUAUGUUGAAGUAUUUAUUUGUUACACUUGGACCAUUUGCUAUGUAAUUGAACCAUUAACAUUUCCUUUAAUGCCAUCUUUUAUUUUUACUGAACCAUUUUAUAUGCUGUCAAAUGUAUGAAAUGUUGGUCUUUUGUUAUAUAUUAAAAGUUUAUUCUGUGAAUUGGU